AUGCUCGCAAGAAAUAUCAAAGGCUCUAGAAGCUUUCAGACAAUUAAUCGUUGUUCAUUGAUUGCUUCUUACAAAUGUGAAGCUUCAAUACGUCUACCCCGCACCAGCACUUUGGGUAGUAGCAUCACAUCAAGUACAGGAAAUAGAUGCAAUAUGGCCACAAUUGCAAGCUUUAAAAUUCCAAAGGUGGUUAAUGAGCCAAAUCAUCAUUAUGCUAAGGGAUCCGCACAACGCGAUGGACUUUAUAAGGCAUUGGAGAGACUGGAAAAUAAGGCUCCUUUGGAAGUCCCUUUGGUAGUCGGAGGUAAAGAGAUUAAAACCUCCUCCGUCUCCCACCAGCUCAACCCAGCCGAUCAUUCCUCAAAAGUUGCGACCUAUUCAAAUGCCUCCCCAUCCGAUGUUUCCUCCGCAAUCGAUGCUGCCCUCGCCGCAAAACCGGAGUGGGAAUCUCUUCCUUUUGCAGACCGAGCCGCUAUAUUCCUAAAGGCCGCAGAUCUCAUCUCUGGAAAAUAUAGAUAUGAAAUUAUGGCUGCUACAAUGCUGGGACAGGGAAAGAAUGCUUGGCAAGCUGAGAUCGAUUCUGCUGCAGAGUUGGCAGAUUUCCUCCGAUUCAACGUUCAAUAUGCCGAAGAAUUGUAUGCGCAACAACCCGAACAUCAUUCGCCUGGUGUCUGGAAUAGACUCGAGUACAGACCUUUGGAGGGAUUCGUCUACGCUGUUACUCCAUUCAAUUUCACAGCAAUUGCGGGUAACUUGCCAGGUGCACCAGCUUUGAUGGGAAAUGUUGUGGUUUGGAAACCAUCUGAUUCCGCCAUUGCUUCAAAUUGGUUAUUGUACAACAUUUUGCUCGAGGCUGGCCUCCCUAAGAAUGUUAUUCAAUUCGUGCCAGGAAACCCUGUCGAAGUUACCAAGGUUGUUUUGGAACAUAAGCAAUUGGCUGCUCUUCACUACACCGGAAGUACCAGUGUAUUCAGAAAGCUCUAUGGAUCAAUCGCAAACGGGGUUGCCGAGGGUAGGUAUCAAGGAUAUCCAAGAAUUGUAGGGGAGACUGGAGGAAAGAACUUCCAUCUUAUCCACUCUUCAGCUGAUAUAGAGAAUGCUGCUCUCAAUACUGUUCGUGGCGCUUUCGAGUACCAAGGACAGAAGUGUAGUGCUACAUCAAGAGCAUAUGUUCCCAAAUCCAUCUGGCCUCAAUUCAAGGAAAAGCUGGUUGAAGAAACAUCUAAACUUUCAAUCGGAUCUCCAAAGGAUCCAAAGAACUUUAUCGGUCCAGUUAUUCACGAACCAUCAUUCAAGAAACUCUCAGGAGUCAUCGACAACGCCAAAUCCGACUCCGAGCUCGAACUUCUUGUAGGAGGCAAGCACGAUAAUUCAACCGGUUAUUAUAUCCAUCCAACUAUCUACCAAACCACCAACCCAAGACACCCUCUUCUCUCUACUGAGCUUUUCGGUCCAGUUCUUACAGUAUACGUCUACGAUGAUUCUUCGGCUCCAGUUGAAGCUUUCGAGUCGGUUUGCAAGCUCGUUGAUACCACAUCUGAAUAUGGACUCACUGGCGCAGUUUUUGCGACCGAUAGAGCCGCGAUUAGAUAUGCGGAAGAAGCAUUGAGAAAUUCGGCAGGUAAUUUCUAUGUCAACUGCAAGAGUACUGGCGCUGUGGUCGGACAACAACCUUUUGGAGGUGCAAGAGCUAGUGGAACAAACGAUAAGGCAGGAAGUAUGAAUCUAUUGGGUAGAUUCGUCAGCGUGAGAGCAUUGAAGGAAGAGUUCGUUGCCAUUGGAAGUGUUGAAUACCCAAGUAAUGAGGUUUAGAGGGGUGGUAAAAGCUAGUGAUCAUUGCAGUGUCUUAUGCAAGGAGGAAUGAAUAAACUUUUAUGAGAUGACGAUAUGAACGGAAGAGAUGAUCAUCUCAUGGAAAUCGGUUAAUGGAUUUGGCAAGCGAUUUUCUUUGGACCUGUUGCACGAUAUGCACAGAUGCAUCUUUCAGGCUUUGUAUUUAGGGCGAAUUUUGAGUGUAUAUGAAAAUACCAAAUUGAGAUUUUAAGAGUAAGACA